AUGGUAAUUUUUUAUUCGGGCUUAUUAGGCGACCGAUUUUUUGCUCAACAGAGAGCGGUUGGUGAAGCAACUCGAGGAAUUCCCAACCAAAAAAGACCAGAUGAUCUUCAUCAACUGGCAGACUGCAUUGAAAGGAAAGUUAAAAGAGUUAUCGAGAAGGAUAGGGCCGAAUACUGUGAGAAGGUAUUCGGUUCCGAGCCAAGAGUCAGCAAAGUCUUCCAAAAAUUCUGUGCAGCUAUCUUUAAAGCAAAGAUCGAGCGUAUCAAGAUAACGUCGCAACUGAGUUGCGACCUUAUUUGCGGCCAAGGUAUCCAUCGAGGAACACAAAGGCGUAUUCGACCUCCGACAUGA